AUGGGUAGUGAAUUAAAUAUUGCCACUACAAACUCCAGUUUUUUAAGCAGAGCAUGGAUUGGAAAUAUUUUUUCAAUGCUAUGGAAUUGGACUGGGGGAUGGCUCAGUUGGACUCAGCAAUCUGACACAAUGCUGAGGAAUGUAGAAAAGACAAUACUGUCAUGUGUAAAAACAGUGUAUAAAAGAUUUUAUGUAGACAUUGGGUCUGUUGUGGGUCAAUGCGACAAAAUAUGGACGAUCUCGUUAAACGACGAAGCGCCUCAAACUCCGCUCGUGAUGCUUCACGGAAUGGGCGCAGGAGUCGCCCUCUGGUGUCCAAACCUGGAUGCCUUAGCUGCCACUAGGCCCGUUUACGCUAUAGAUUUAUUGGGAUUCGGUCGCAGCUCACGUCCCAAAUUCUCAUCAGACGCCGAAAAGGUUGAAGCUCAAUGGGUGGAGUCCGUUGAAGAGUGGAGAAGGGAAGUCAAACUGAACCAUUUUGUGUUACUCGGGCACAGCCUCGGUGGUUUCAUUGCUACUGCGUACGCGCUUAAAUAUCCAGAACGAGUCCGACACUUAAUCCUAGCUGAUCCAUGGGGCUUCCCCGAGAAACCCGCGAAUGUUUACGAAAAAUAUCAACUGCCGUUCUGGGUUCGCGCUGUGGCAACGGCCUUGCAACCGUUGAAUCCGCUGUGGGCGGUUCGAGCAGCUGGUCCAGCUGGGAAGUGGCUGGUCUCCAAGACCCGACCCGAUAUUUCAAGGAAGUUUAUGAACUACGUACCGGAUGCACAGACCGUUAUACCGGAGUACUUGUAUCAGUGCAAUUCGCAAACGCCCAGUGGCGAAAGUGCAUUCCACACUCUGAUGCAUGGCUUCGGUUGGGCUAAGAACCCAAUGGUUCGCAGAGUGGACAAGAUACAUCCAGAUCUACCCGUCACUGUGUUGUACGGUUCACGCUCGUGGGUGGAUAACAGUACUGGACAGCUUCUCACCGAACAUAGACCUAACUCUACUACUUAUGUACAGGUAAUUAACGGCGCCGGGCAUCACAUAUAUUUAGACAAGCCAGAUCUAUUCAACAAAUAUGUAAUCGAAGCCUGCGCACGCGCCGACGAAGACACGUCGUUCACGACACGGAACUAUGAAAAUACAGAAGCACCUAAAGACACGAAUCCACCGCAAAAAUCUGAUGGAGAUACGUUAACGAGUGACAAUACAAUACCAAAACAGACACAAAAUUCAACUCAAGCGCAAACGUCCUGA